GCUCCGGCCGCCGCGGCUCCCACCGCGCCUUCCGCCUAGCUGCGGCCAUGAGGGGCGGCACUGGCGGCGGGGGGGCUCCCCGCGGCGGGUCAGCGCUGCCGGCCCGGUCCGCAGCCUGGAGCCCGGGGGCAGCGGCGUGGAGGUGCCCCUCCGCAACAGGCAGCCGCCUCAGAGACACGGAAGGAGAGCGGCGGAACUAGAGCCGGCCUCUCUCCCUCCCCCCUGCGGCCCGGCCGGCCCGCGGCUGCCCGGCCCGCUCUGCCUCCUCCUCCCGCUGCUGCCGACGUGGCGGGGCGGGGAAGGAGCAGGAGCCGGGGGCGCGGCGGCCCGGGGACAGCUGAGCGAAUUGAAAAUGUCUGAAGACAUAUGUGAUGGCAUCCCAUCUGAAGAAAAACCUGAAGGAAUGCAGAUGCCCAGCGAUGAGGUAUUGCCUCGCGAGUCGGCAUCACACCUCGUGGAAGCUGAGAUCUUGCAUGAGUCUACACAUGAAGAGCAUGGCCAGAGCACUCAGAGUGCCAGUGAUGGACAGGAAGGAGACAUACUUAUUAACAAAAACCCUGUGACUGAAAAAGUAAUUGAAAGUCUGCCUUCUAAUGGAGGCUCGGCUGAAGACAUGCCCACUGAGUGCAAUGAGACCGUAAGCCUUGAUGCAGAACCUGAUUCUGAAGAAACACUGCAUGAACAAAGCAGUUCAGCCACAGAUUCCUCAUCUAAAGGAAGUAGAUGGGGAGCUUGGGGUACCUGGGGAAAGUCUCUCCUGUCAUCAGCUUCUGCCACAGUGGGUCAUGGGAUAACAGCAGUAAAGGAAAAAGCAGGAACUACUCUGGGAAUUCAUCACACAAGUUCAGCAUCUUUGGAAACAGCAGAGUCUCCUACAGCUGAAGCACCAGUUAUACAAGCAGAAGAUUCUCUGGACCAAAGGUGUUCUGAGAAUAUUCCUUCUUCUCCGUCAUCUGGAUCUCGUGGCAUGUUGUCAGCUAUCACUAAUGCUGUACAGAACACAGGGAAAAGUGUAUUAUCUGGAGGCUUAGAUGCUUUGGAGUUUAUUGGGAAGACAACCAUGAAUGUCCUUGCAGAAAGUGAUCCUGGAUUUAAGAGAACCAAAACACUGAUGGCAAGAACAGUUUCUCUGUCUCAGCUGUUGCGAGAAGCUAAAGAAAAAGAGAAACAGAGGCGGGCCCAGCAAGUUACGGUUGAAAGAACAGCACAUUAUGGACUACUUUUUGAUGAAUUCCAAGGUUUGUCUCACCUUGAAGCUCUGGAAAUCCUGUCAAAUGAAAGUGAAGCUCAGAUUCAGUCAUAUUUAGCAACACUUGAUGGAGAGCAGUUGGAGACUGUGAAAAAUGAUUUGAUUGCUAUAAAAGAGAUUUUUGUUCCAAAGGAAUCAGAUGAUGAAGCAGUGCAGCCACAGAAAGCGGAUAUGGGUGAGGAGUUUGUCAGCAUGCUCACUGAACUGCUCUUUGAACUGCACGUUGCUGCUACUCCUGACAAACUUAACAAGGCUAGGAAAAAAGCUCAUGACUGGCUUGAAGAAGCAAGUUCUUCCACCUCUGUAGACAUAGAAGGGAAGCUAAAAGAAAAAUCUGGAGAACCUGGUGAAGAAAACACUGAACAACAAGAUAAAAUUGACAGUGAUAAACCAGAAGUAAAUAGAAACAAAACUGUGGAGGAAAUCUACAAGCUGUCCAUUGAAAGUCUGGCUGAGGUGACUGCUCGAUGUAUCGAGCAGCUCCAUAAAGUAGCAGAAUUAAUUCUGCAUGGGCAAGAAGUAGAGAAAACAGCUCAAGAUCAAGCAAAAGUACUGACAAAUUUAACAAGUGCCAUGUGCAAUGAAGUUUCAUCUUUAUCAAAGAAGUUUUCGGAUUCUUUAACAGCAGCUGGGAGCAGUAUGAAGGCAGAGGCUCUUAACCCCCUCGUCGACAGUGUGCUAUUAGAGGGUUGCAACAGCACGACUUACAUUCAGGAUGCUUUCCAGCUAUUGCUUCCAGUUCUGCAAAUUUCACAUAUCCAGACCUGUUGUUUGAAAGCGCAAGAGUGACAAUUUGCCAGCAGUUGUCACCACGGGGCUUAAGAGAAACCACAGACCUAAUGUCUUUAGUGAAUGCAGACAGAAGAGACGGUACGAGAGACGUCUGGCCACGUACAAACCUUUGAAGACACUAAACGCGGUUUUGCACAUACAAUAUUGAACAACAUUUUAAAACUCUUUCAGACUUUUAGGCCUAGAAGUAGUUAGUAAAGUGAGUCAUUUCUUUGCCAUUAGCAUAUAUCCUUUGCAUUAAUUUAAACAGAAGUUUGUUGAUAUUAGCAUUGACUUCAAUAUGGGUUCUAAGUGUUGACCCUUUCAGUUGUAGACAAUAAACAAAACAAAUUAGAGUGUAAAGAUUUUUAAAACAUUUCCAUCCUGUCAGUUAAAAAUAUGUGUUUCAAAAGUUGGUUUCAGAAUUUCAUUUUAGCCAAUAUGAAAAAAUGACAGUGUUCUGCUUGUUAGCUAUUAUUUACAGUAUUUACAGUAUCAAGAAUAACAGCAUUGUAAUCUGUACCACUUACAUAACACUUUGUGUUGAAAGAGUUGUACGGUAAAAGGCAUUAACUUUACUAAAUUACAAUUAUGGAGGAUAUGCAUACAGAAUUAUACUGAAAUGAAAUUUUCUGAGCCAGUUAAGAGUACAGGUACAGCUUUAUAUUUGCUGACCCAUAAUUUUAUAUUCAUUUAUGUCUAUUUCUUAAUUCCAAUGGCUGAACAACACUGCAAGCCAAAGUAAUCUUUUUAAUAUGCAAGGAAUAGAAAAUUGCCCUUUUGGCAAUUGAAACACACCCAAAAUAAUCUCCUCUCAGAUGUGUUACCAGGUUGGAACUUUAGUGUUUAAUUUGGGUUUUAAACGUUAUGAACCUUUUUAUAAACUGGAGUUACUGGUACAGACAAUUCAGAAGUACAGUUUUUGGGCCAAGAAAGGAAGUUGUGAACAGCUGAUGAGAGAAUUGCAGUGGGGGUGGAGGUCCCAUGUCAGAGCAUGCUUUCUUCGCUGAGGCAGUAGCUAGACAGGGUAUAACUGAGCAGCAGGAAUGACGUUUCUUAGUAACACCAGCAAUCAUGAUACCUUAUCCAUAUCCUUAGCUUAAAAUCCUGAGCUGUGAACCUCAGAAUUUGUUUAGGCUCUUUUACCUUGUAGACAGGAAGAACCUUCCAAUCUUUUAUGUAGCCUGUUCCCCUGGAUUUUCAUUGUUUAUUAUGUUUCUUUCAGCUAUUUUGUUUUUUUUUUUUUUUUUCUCUUGAUACACUCAAUAAUUAUAUUUAAAUGCUUUUCAAUUAUAGUUAACAUCUGAACAUGUUUAAGCAUAGAAGUAUAGCUCAUACAUGGUAAAACUAAUGAAAAAGUGCAUGAGGAAAUACCAUCCAGUUCAUUGGAAGUGAGAAACCAUGUACUUGCUUUGCACAUGGUAACUUUUGUGAGUCCAAAUCAGGACAGAAAGGUCUGUUUGUGCAUUACACUAUUGUGGUCCCUGUGCUGCUGUCACGUGCAUUGUGGCAUUUUCAUCUUUUGUUAUUUAGAGAUGAAAUUUUCACUAUCCUUGAAAUAAGAUUUCUUAUGCAAGAUCUGUUUUCUGCCACCCUGUAAUUUAACAGAUUUGAGAUAUCUUUCUGGGUAGGUAGCCUUCAAAUCCACUUGCACAGAAUGAAAAAAAAUUUACAGCAGUAUGAACAAAAAUAAGAAAGCCCCUUGGCAGCUGAAAAGGCAAACAAGGCUCAGCAGUCAUUGGUGUUUAUGCCAUAUUGACCAGCUGACAUUUCUACAGCAUGGGAGAAAGAGGGACACAGGAAAAUGCAACUGAUUGGCAGACUCACUAGGCCAGGUAGGAUACAGCUCCCACCAACUUACAGCUCCUCCUGGCAUUGCUUUAAUUCUGAAGGCAUCUUUUCAAAAGUGAAUUACGAAAUAGCAUUUAGUUGAUGCAAAACACUGCAUUGCACCCAGUGCUUCUCUGCCUCCUGCGCCUCGGGGGCACAGACGUACAAACGAACUCGUCUCCAGUGGUCUCAGGCUGCGGGAAAGACACACGUUUGUAGUUGCCCAGGGGCCAUUCCUGUGUGCGCUCUGUGACCCAGAAGAAAGAAGGAGUCCUCAGUGCAGGACUGUGUACUCGCUCCAUACACUACAUCAUGAGCAGUUUUCAGUUUUAAAGAUCUGGGCAUCGGUGAAAGCGUUUAGUAGCUUCUAAAAAGGCCUGUUUGUUUAAAGCAUUUGUUUCAGUUGUUCUGUGCCGGCAAGUAGAAUUAUAAUACCUAGUUAAAAGCUUGUUUAUUUUUCAAACAGAGACUGUCAAGAAAAGUCUAGUGUUUACACCUAUCAAUCAUUACAUUCUGGAUUUAUUUUUACAUUAAUGUCAUAAUUAUUUUUCAUCAAGAAGCCUUUCUGUCCAUGCUGGAGUAGAGCUCUGCAUCAGGUAUCUGUAACCAUGGUAUUACUGCCAAAUGAGUCACAGAACACAGCAAUAGCUGUUUCAUAUUGUUCCUAUGCUGAGUUAAUGUUUUCAGACAUAAAUUAAUUUAGUUACUUUUUUCAUACAGAAUUUUUUUCUCUGAAAUGCACUGCAGAAUAUGUAGUGUUACACCUGUCAAAAAAAUGUGUUGACUCAUAGUGGUGCCUUUUAUCAGAGGCUGAACAACAUAGUAGUUGAAGCCUCAGGGGAUAAUGUUUGAAAUCAUUGAGGGGCAUUCUUAAGACAAAAGUUGCUUGCCUGAGAUACUCCUUACUAGAGGUUUUACUGUCUUCCCUAAAUUAUGUAUAAAUUGAAUAAAGUACCCUAAAGUAAAAGAAGCUAUAAAAAUAACAUGUGGACUUAAGGUAUUUACAUCCAUACAAUGUAGGAAAGGAAAUGGGGCAGAACGUGAGCGUAGGGAUACACCAUAUGAUUUCAGAUGCAAUCAUCUUGUACUAGGAAAACUGAAUAUUAUAUCUUUAAAUCAAUUCUAGGUAAAAUUUCAGUAGAAGAGUAUUCUGUGGAUGUAACCAGCAUAUUUUUUUUACAGUGGUUUGUAUUUUUCCUUCAGUCAAAUAAAUCAUUUGAGAUACUGAGC